AUGCUCCGACAGUCUCUGGCACGUUCGGCUUGGCGGACCGGCAGGCGGGCAGCCGCCGUCCCGCGGGCUUUCGCGACAACGCCCAGACGGUCUGCCGAGGUGGAGCUGACCAUUGAUGGAAAGAAGGUCUCGAUCGAAGCCGGCUCGGCUCUGAUCCAGGCCUGCGAAAAGGCCGGAGUUACUGUGCCCAGAUACUGCUACCAUGAAAAACUCAUGAUUGCCGGAAACUGCCGUAUGUGCUUGGUCGAGGUCGAGCGGGCGCCCAAGCCCGUGGCCUCCUGCGCCUGGCCCGUCCAGCCCGGCAUGGUCGUCAAGACCAACUCACCUCUUACACACAAGGCCCGCGAGGGUGUCAUGGAGUUCCUGCUGGCCAACCACCCGCUCGACUGCCCCAUCUGCGACCAGGGAGGCGAGUGUGAUCUUCAGGACCAGUCUAUGCGAUACGGUGCCGACCGAGGACGAUUCCACGAGAUUGGAGGCAAGCGAGCUGUCGAGGACAAGAACAUUGGACCCCUGAUCAAGACGUCGAUGAACCGAUGCAUCCACUGCACCCGAUGUGUCCGAUUCGCCAACGAUAUUGCCGGUGCCCCUGAGCUUGGCUCAACUGGCCGUGGCAACGACCUGCAGAUCGGCACUUACUUGGAGAAGAACCUGGAUUCGGAGCUGUCUGGAAACGUCAUCGACCUCUGCCCCGUUGGUGCCCUGACCUCCAAGCCGUAUGCUUUCCGAGCUCGUCCCUGGGAGCUGAAGCACACCGAGUCCAUUGACGUUCUGGACGGCCUGGGUUCCAACAUCCGUGUCGAUUCUCGUGGCCUUCAGGUUAUGCGCAUUCUUCCCCGACUCAACGAUGAUGUCAACGAAGAGUGGAUCAACGACAAGACUCGAUUCGCUUGCGACGGUCUCAGCACUCAGCGACUGACUGUGCCCCUGAUCCGAAGAGAAGGACGGUUCGAGAAUGCCGACUGGGAGGAGGCCCUGACCGUUAUUGCCAAGGCCUAUCAGCAGACUAACCCUCAGGGCAACGAGUUCAAGAUCAUUGCUGGUGCGCUGACCGAAGUCGAGUCUCUCGUCGUCGCCAAGGACAUGGCCAACAAGCUGGGAUCUGAGAACCUUGCCCUGGACACCCCCACCGGUAGCCAGCCUCUUGCUCACGGUGUCGAUGUGCGGUCAAACUACCUCUUCAACUCCAAGAUCUGGGGUAUCGAGGAGGCUGACUGCAUCCUCAUCGUCGGCAGCAACCCCCGACACGAGGCCGCCGUCCUGAACGCACGUAUCCGCAAGCAGUGGCUGCGCUCCGACCUCGAGAUUGGUGUCGUUGGCGAGACCUGGGACUCCACUUUCGAGUUUGAGCACCUGGGAGCCGACCACGCUGCCUUGAAGAAGGCCCUGGCCGGUCCCUUUGGCAAGAAGCUCAAGGCCGCCAAGAAGCCCAUGAUCAUCGUCGGAUCCGGUGUCACCGACCACGUUGACGCCAAGGCUUUCUACGAGACCGUCGGCACCUUUGUCGAGCAGAACGCCGCCAACUUCCGAACCCCCGAGUGGGACGGCUACAACGUGCUCCAGAGGGAAGCCUCAAGGGCUGGUGCCUUUGAGGUCGGCUUCGUCACCCCGUCCGCGGAGGUUGCCCAGACCAAGCCCAAGUUUGUCUGGCUCCUCGGCGCCGACGAGAUCAACGAGGCCGACAUCCCCAAGGACGCCUUUGUCGUAUACCAGGGCCACCACGGUGACCGUGGCGCUCAGAUCGCUGACGUUGUUCUGCCUGGCGCUGCUUACACCGAGAAGGCCGGCACUUAUAUCAACACCGAGGGACGUGUGCAGAUGACCCGUGCCGCCACCUCGCUGCCCGGUGCUGCCCGAACUGAUUGGAAGAUUCUCCGAGCUGCCUCUGAGUUCCUCGGCGCUCCUCUUCCCUACGACGAUGUCGCCGCUGUGCGGGAUCGCAUGGUGGAGAUCAGCCCUGCGCUGGCUGCCUACGACGUGGUUGAGCCUGUUGCCCUGAGGGAGCUUAGCAAGGUUCAGCUGGUGGAACAGAACAAGGGCGCCAAGGCCAGCAACCAGCCCCUCAAGAAGGUCAUUGACAACUUUUACUUUACAGACGCCAUCUCCAGAAGCUCACCAACAAUGGCCCGCUGCUCAGCCGCCAAGGCCACCGGCGACCCCAGGACGAAUUUCAUGGCUCCGGGUAUGGAGGAGGACAGGCCCAUGGGCCAGGUCGCGUACGGAGCUUGAGAU